GAAGCAGAUGAUGGCCGAGUGAUGCCAGCAGAUCAACACGUACCCCCAAACACACCCUAUCCUUACAAUCCAUAUCCCCCACCUACCAAUCCAGCAUAUCCUCCUGGCCAUUAUGGGCCGCCACAGGGUUACUAUGGGAUGCAGGGAACUCAUUCUUCUACAACUGUCAUUGUGCAACAACCAGGGCAGCCACAGGUUGUGCCACCUCGUGGCUGGAGCUCGCAGUUAUGCGAAUGUGGCAGGGACUGGUCAAUUUGCUGUUGCGGACUAUUCUGUCUGUGCUGUUUGGAGACCAACGUGGCUCAAGACAUGGACGAGUCGUGCAUGCUGCCUUGCUGUGUCCCGGGCUGGCUCAUCACCCUCAGGACGAAGAUGAGGCUGCAAGAGAACAUCAAUGGCAGUGUGAUGGACGACUGCUGUCACGUCUGCUGUUGCUACGGCUGUAGCUUGUGCCAACUGGCCUACGAGAUUAAAGCGGUUAGAGAGCGUCGGCAGGCUGCAGCCACGGCCAUGAGGCAGAUCCAAGUGUGA